CUUCUGCCGCCGCCCCGGCCGGCUCCGCGCCCCCUCCGCGCCCCCUCCGCCGCUGCCGCCGGCUGCCCCCAUGGCGCCCCCGGGCCUCCCUUCGCGGGGCCACUAGGACCCUCCGCGUCCCGUCCCGUUCCCUGGCCCUGGCCCCUUCCGCGGCGCGGACUCGGCGUCCGAGGCGCCCAGCUUUUGAGCUCGCGUCCCCGGGCCGGCGGGGGGGGGAGGGGAAGAGAGGGGACCCCGGGAUCCCCGCCCCCCCCACUCGCCUGGCCCUGUCCCCGGGACUUGGAGAAGAUGUCUUCGCGGACGGCGCUCGCCCCGGGCAACGAUCGCAACUCGGACACGCAUGGCACCUUGGGCAGUGGCCGAUCAUCAGACAAAGGGCCAUCCUGGUCCAGCCGCUCCCUGGGUGCCCGCUGCCGGAACUCCAUCGCCUCCUGCCCCGAGGAGCAGCCCCACGUGGGCAACUACCGCCUGCUGAGGACCAUUGGGAAGGGCAACUUCGCCAAAGUCAAGCUGGCCCGGCACAUCCUCACCGGUCGGGAGGUCGCCAUCAAGAUCAUCGAUAAAACCCAGCUGAACCCCAGCAGCCUACAGAAGCUCUUCAGGGAAGUUCGCAUCAUGAAGGGCCUAAAUCACCCCAACAUUGUGAAGCUCUUUGAGGUGAUCGAGACGGAGAAGACACUGUACCUGGUGAUGGAGUACGCAAGCGCUGGAGAAGUGUUUGACUACCUCGUGUCGCACGGCCGCAUGAAGGAGAAGGAAGCGAGAGCCAAGUUCCGACAGAUCGUAUCAGCUGUGCACUACUGUCACCAGAAGAACAUCGUACACAGGGACCUGAAGGCUGAGAACCUGUUGCUGGACGCUGAGGCCAACAUCAAGAUCGCUGACUUUGGCUUCAGCAACGAGUUCACGCUGGGCUCGAAGCUGGACACGUUCUGCGGGAGCCCCCCAUACGCCGCCCCAGAGCUGUUCCAGGGCAAGAAGUACGACGGGCCGGAGGUGGACAUCUGGAGCCUCGGUGUCAUCCUCUAUACUCUCGUCAGCGGCUCCCUGCCCUUCGAUGGUCACAACCUCAAGGAGCUUCGGGAGCGCGUGCUCCGGGGGAAGUACCGGGUCCCCUUCUACAUGUCCACAGACUGCGAGAGCAUCCUCCGCAGAUUCUUGGUGCUGAACCCAGCAAAACGCUGCACUCUAGAGCAAAUCAUGAAAGACAAAUGGAUCAACAUCGGCUAUGAGGGUGAGGAGCUGAAGCCAUACACAGAGCCCGAAGAGGACUUUGGGGACACCAAGCGAAUUGAGGUGAUGGUGGGGAUGGGCUACACAAGGGAAGAAAUCAAAGAGGCCCUGACCAGCCAGAAGUACAACGAAGUGACCGCCACCUACCUCCUGCUGGGCAGGAAGACCGAGGAGGGUGGGGACCGGGGCACCCCAGGGCUGGCCCUGGCACGGGUGCGGGCGCCCAGCGACACCACCAAUGGGACAAGCUCCAGCAAAGGCGCCAGCCACAGCAAAGGGCAGCGCAGCUCCUCUUCCACGUAUCACCGCCAGCGCAGGCACAGCGACUUCUGUGGCCCAUCCCCAGCACCCUUGCACCCCAAGCGAAGCCCCACCAGCACAGGGGACGCAGAAUUGAAGGAGGAGCGGCUACCUGGCCGGAAGGCGAGCUGCAGCGCGGCGGGCAGCGGGAGUCGGGGGCUGCCUCCCUCCAGCCCCAUGGUCAGCAGUGCCCACAAUCCUAACAAGGCGGAGAUCCCCGAGCGGCGGAAGGACAGCACGAGCACUCCUAACAACCUCCCCCCCAGCAUGAUGACCCGCAGGAACACCUACGUUUGCACAGAGCGCCCUGGGGCAGAACGCCCAUCCUUGUUGGCAAAUGGCAAAGAAAACAGCUCCGGCACCCCACGGGUGCCCCCCGCCUCGCCCUCCAGUCACAGCCUGGCUCCCCCAUCAGGGGAGCGGAGCCGCCUAGCAAGAGGCUCCACCGUCCGCAGUACCUUCCACGGCGGCCAGGUCCGGGACCGGCGGGCAGGGGCCGGGGGUGGCGGGGGUGUGCAGAACGGGCCCCCCGCCUCUCCCACGCUGGCCCACGAGGCUGCUCCCCUGCCCACUGGGCGGCCACGUACCACUACCAACCUCUUCACCAAGCUGACCUCCAAACUGACCCGACGGGUUACCCUCGAUCCCUCUAAACGGCAGAACUCUAACCGCUGUGUCUCGGGCGCCUCUCUGCCCCAGGGAGCCAAGAUCAGGUCGCAGACGAACCUGAGAGAAUCGGGGGACCUGAGGUCACAAGUGGCAAUCUACCUUGGGAUCAAGCGGAAACCACCCCCCGGCUGCUCCGAUUCCCCUGGAGUGUGAAGCUGACCAGCUCGCGCCCUCCCGAGGCCCUGAUGGCAGCUCUGCGCCAGGCCACGGCGGCCGCCCGCUGCCGCUGCCGCCAACCACAGCCCUUCUUGCUGGCCUGCCUGCACGGGGGUGCGGGCGGGCCCGAGCCCCUGUCCCACUUCGAGGUGGAAGUCUGCCAGCUGCCUCGGCCAGGCCUGCGGGGUGUGCUCUUUCGCCGAGUGGCGGGCACCGCCCUGGCCUUCCGCACCCUCGUUACCCGCAUCUCCAACGACCUAGAGCUCUGAGCCUCUGUGGCCCCGGGUCCCUCUUCUUUCUCCUGUUCCCUUUGCUUCUGCAGGAGGAAAAGGGGACAAGGAAGGUGUCCCCCCAUUGUCGCCUGGUUUCCCUGGGUUAGAUUGGGGAGCAGAGAUUGUCCCUCUGCUGUUCUCUGGGCCUCCCGGGACAGAAUGAUGGGGGCUUGGAGGUGGGAGCUGUACCUUUCUGAAGCCUCCCUCUGGCCCCAUCCCCCUCGCCCAGCCAUGGAGCACCUGAGAAGACUUUGAGGACAGCUCAGGGGCAGGAAGGGGAACUGAGAGAACUUCCACUCCUCCCAACAGCUCAAGAAUUAGGUCUUGGGCAGGGGCAGGGAGAGCUGCUGAGCCUAAAGACUGGAGAAUUGGGGAGUGGCAAUGGGAGGUCAGAGGCCGAUUCCUUCCCCUCCCACCCCCAAUGCUCAAACCCCUCCUCAGCCCCAGGCUGGCGCAGGGGCACUUUGUACAAAUCCUUGUAAAUACCACCCCUUCCCUCUGCAGAGGUCUCCCGAGGAGCUGCCGCUGUCACCUCUGGUUUUUAAGUUAUUACCCUCCCUGCCCUUCUGUCAGCCCCUCACCUGCAGCCUGUCACCCAAUACACUUAGGAGAGUCCCUCAUGCCAGCCUGGGUCCUCCUGCCCUGGCCUGCAGAGGAGGUGUUGGCCUUGGGCCUGUGCGGCUCCUCCUGAGCCCAGGGGUCCUUUGCAGAAUGGGAGUGGUGGGGGUGAGGGUCGAGGAUGAUCAUGGGAGAGGGCAAAACAGAACUCGGCCUCAGCCGCCAGGCUCCAGAUCCUCUAGCGGGUCCCCCGUUCAUCCACUCCCACCACCGUGUUACACUGGACUCUAGCCUCUUCCUACUCUAGUAGUACAUUUAUUCAAUAAACAGUCAUUGACCAGUG